AUGUCGACUCGUCGAGGUGUCGGACUCGGAGCGUUUGCGAAUCGCACGCAAACCAGUCAAUCCUAUGCCAACCAUGGCGCCAACCUUCGCUCUGCGCACCUUGCCUCCCUCCAAACACAACUUUCCGUAUUCCAGUCGUUGCUUCACACGUUCGCACUAGAACAUAGUUCAACGAUCAAGUCGAAUCCGACAUUCCGAGCUGAAUUUGCUCGUAUGUGCAAUGCUAUCGGGGUUGAUCCUCUUGCAGCCAGUAAUGUCAAGGGGAAAAAUGGCAGGAGGGGAGAAAGCGGUAGUUUCUGGACGCAGAUUAUGGGCGGUGAUAUGAAUGAUUUCUACUUUGAGGUUGCAGUCCGAGUUGUAGAGCUCUGUCGAUCUACCAGAAGCGAGAAUGGAGGCUUGCUAGGUGUUGAAGAGUGUCGGAAACAGGUUCGCAAAGGCAAAGCCAUCGGGAGCGGCUUGGAGGUCACUGAUGACGAUGUUCUCCGCGCUGUGAAAUCACUGGGGCCCCUUGGGUCCGGCUUCUCCAUUGUGCAAGUAGGGAGCAAGCAAUACAUCCGCUCUAUUCCCAAGGAGCUGAACACAGAUCAAGCCACAGUCCUAGAGGCAAUUCAGAUAUUGGGCUAUGUCAGCGUAUCCAUGUUGCAAGUGAACUUGAACUGGGAAAAGGCCCGCGCACAAACUGUCAUUAAUGACCUUGUAGCGGACGGCCUAGUUUGGGUGGACGCGCAGGGCGAAGAGAAUGAAUACUGGUCGCCCCAGAAUCUCCUUGAUGACAGCGGAUGA